GCGCGCCCGGGGCGGGGCAGGUGCCGCUGGCGGAAGCGCCUCCAGGACCUAGGAGCCGCCGCCGCCGUCGCCGCCGCCAUGAUCAUCCCCGUGCGCUGCUUCACCUGCGGCAAGAUCGUGGGCAACAAGUGGGAGGCCUACCUGGGGCUGCUGCAGGCCGAGUACACCGAGGGGGACGCCCUGGAUGCCCUUGGCCUGAAGCGUUACUGCUGCCGCCGCAUGCUGCUGGCUCACGUGGACCUGAUUGAGAAGCUGCUCAACUAUGCACCCCUGGAGAAGUGACCGUGCUGGCCAUGGCAGGCAGUGUCUUACCCAGAGUUCAUCCCAUGAGGUGUGGGUAGCUGGGAGACAUGCCUGCCCACAGCUAUGUGGGCAUGUCUCCCGCUGUGGAAGGAACCAUCCAGUAAAGGUCUUUGCAGAACUGUGA